UUCAACCAUUCUUCCGAAACCGUCAUCAUCACCGUCAUCAUCCACGCAAACGCCCAUCACAUCAUCACACGACCCACCACCUGUGUUGCUCUUCUGUCCCAAGGCUGCUGACACGCGUGGCUGGUGCUCGAGCUUGGACGCCAAGCAGCGACGAGGAGAGACGCAAGAAUGGGCGGCAAGGCGUCCAAGGACAAGACGCUCACUUUUGGCUCGUUCAAAGUCACAGCGCGCGAGCUUCAUGCCGCCGGUGUCAUCCACCAGCAACAGGGCGAGCUGCAAUUGGUCGACUCGAAAGAUUUGUUCUUCCGCAUCUCGUCAUAUGAGCGAGGUGUCUUUCACAUCCGCGGCAAGUUUCUCGGAAGCUAUCUCGAGGAGUUUGCGUUCAAGCACCAGUACUUCAUUGAGCUGAUUCACGGGUCGCAGGUGGACGAAGCGUGGAAGAAGCUGGCUGAGCGCUACAAGUACGACCGAGAGCACACGCGCAUCCCGUUUGGUCGCUCCAUCUGGUUUGACCUCACAAAGCUCCUCCCAUACCUCUACACAAAGUUUGCGGGACAGGACCUGGUUGAUGAUGGCGAGAGAUUCAUGCAAGAGUCACACAUGCGGCGCCUCAACUCCAUGUCCCAGGCCGUGCGCAAAGCAGAGCAAGAGCAGCUGGUGUGGCACGAGCAGGACAUGCAGAAGGCGGUGAUGGAGUUGGAGGAACUUGAGCGCGGGCUGCGCAUCACCACCGUUGAGCGCGGCUGACCGUGCUGCUGGUGCUGCUGGUGCUGCUGAUGAUGGUGUGUUGUGGUGCGUUGUGGUGCACGUAGUCCGUGGGACAAACGGAUGAUGAUGUUGCUAUGACGAUGAUGAUGGUGGUGGUGGUGCUGGUGGUGGUGGUUGAUGAUGGUGUUCUUCCUUGCUACUUUAUCGUUGUCUCUCUCCCCCUCUGUGUUGUUGUGACCGCGCUGGCGUGGUGCAACCAGGGAAGCACAACGGAGAUGACACGAUCCGAAGUUUGUUAUUGCCCCUAACUUUGUCCUCGUGUGAUAUCAUGUGUGCGUGUGUUCUUGUCUCAUCAUUAAACGUUUUUGUACGACCAA